GUCGUUCGCUCGUUUUCUGACUCUCGUUUUCGCCUCAUUUUCAAGGUCAUUUCGAUUUAUUUUCCAUUCGAAUCAAAUCUACCUUCAUCUCUAGCGGCUUUCAAAAAAUAUAUUUGAUUUCUUCUCCUCCCCUUUUUUUUAUUAGGAACGGACAUAUUUCAUAGAUCGCACUUACCUCGAAUUCGCAGCUUCUCGCACCGGCUCCAUGGGUAAGUCAGCCCACUUCCUCCGGCACCUCGACCGCGAUGGGGCAGGGGAUGGGUUCGACCGGUGUUGCUCUCCGUCCAAAUUGCAUCACAAGCGUGAAUCGCCAAAGAUGCCUCCGAGUUACAAGACACGCCCGGUGCCCAAUACUCCUAGCGGAAAGAGACUGAGAAUCCUCGUUCCGUCAACUCCCCCCGCACGCCUCGACCUCCCUUCCGUCUCGUCUUUGCCUCCCAUCAGGGUCGUCCCGCAAGACAGUUUGGCUAACAUUGAGUGCGCGAGUCCAGCGACCAACGGCUUCGUCCCGCCGGGCUCCGCAGCACGAGCUUCACCUGCACCGCAGCCCCAGGCCCAACCUUCCCCCCAACCCAAUGGAAAGCCCGCUUCCACCCAUUCGGAGAGAGCUCCUUCGGUCUCCACUGCGCAAAGCUCCAUUCCCCAGACCGUCUCCAACAAAGACCCCAAAUUGGCGGCCCAGGCGGCCAGCGAUAUGCGCAACAUUGUUCGGAGAAAGUUGACGGGAUACGUGGGAUUUGCCAAUCUGCCCAAUCAGUGGCACCGAAAGAGUGUGCGAAAAGGAUUCAAUUUCAACGUCAUGGUCGUCGGUGAAUCCGGCCUCGGAAAGUCUACGCUCGUUAACACUUUGUUCAACACUUCGUUGUAUCCGCCCAAGGAGCGCAAGGCCCCCAGUCUCGACAUCAUCCCCAAAACCGUCGCGAUUCAGUCCAUUAGCGCCGAUAUUGAAGAGAACGGAGUUCGUCUCCGGUUGACCGUCGUCGACACCCCUGGAUUUGGUGACUUUGUAAACAAUGACGAAUCAUGGCGCCCCAUUGUUGAAAACAUUGAGCAACGUUUCGAUGCGUACCUUGAUGCCGAAAACAAGCUGAACCGCGUCAACGUCAUUGACAACCGCAUUCACGCUUGCGUCUACUUUAUCCAACCUACUGGCCAUUCGCUCAAGCCGCUGGACAUUGAGGUCAUGAAGCGGCUGCACACCAAGGUCAACCUGAUCCCGGUGAUUGCCAAAUCCGACACAUUGACUGACGAGGAGAUUGUCCUCUUCAAGCAAAGAAUUCUUGCAGAUAUCCAGCAUCAUUCGAUUCAAAUCUUUGAGGGACCGCGCUAUGAAUUGGAUGAUGAGGAAACUAUUGCGGAGAACAAUGAGAUUCUGUCCAAGGUUCCAUUUGCUGUCGUGGGCGCCAAUAGUGAGGUCACCAAUGCGGAUGGCCGCCGGGUCCGUGGUCGUCGAUACCCGUGGGGUGUGAUUGAAGUCGAUAAUGAGGACCAUUGUGACUUUGUCAAGUUGCGUCAAAUGCUCAUUCGCACUCACAUGGAGGAGCUCAAGGAACACACCAACAACUCCCUUUAUGAGAACUACCGUUCUGACAAGCUUACUGCAAUGGGUGUGGCUCAGGAUCCAAGCGUCUUCAAGGAGGUCAACCCGGCGGUGAAGCACGAAGAGGAACGCUCUUUGCACGAGCAGAAACUCGCCAAGAUGGAAGCCGAAAUGAAGAUGGUUUUCCAACAAAAGGUUGCCGAGAAGGAGAGCAAACUGAAGCAGAGCGAAGAAGAAUUGUAUGCCCGGCAUCGCGAGAUGAAGGAGCAGCUCGAAAGACAGCGUGCCGAGCUCGAAGAGAAGAAGGGUCGCAUCGAGAGUGGCAGGCCUUUGGAAGAGAAGGGCAAGAGAAAGGGUUUCUCUCUGCGUUGAGCUUGCUUCGCCAGGGACCGCACGUCGUUUGUUGGGAGCAGAAUUGUCGUGUAUUUGGGAUGUAUUUAUCAUUGUGUCACAUCUUGUCGAUGCGGCCAACGGUCCUUUUGCUCCACUUUUUUUUUUUUUCUUUUACUUCCUUACCCUUUUUUUCUGUUCACUUUCAAAGUAUCUCCUAUUAAUUAUUCAGGCCUAGCAUUUGCGG